CAGUCGAGAGAGGGGGCGAGGACACAGAGGGACAGAGAAAGGGGGAGAGAAAGAAAGAAAAGAGCCUGUGCGUGUUCUCACAGGCGGAGUUUUGUUCUUGCGCACCGUUGGAAUUCACUGUCUCUUUAUUUUUUCCUCGGGAUUUUUUUGAGGAGACCGAAGGAGCAAGAACGCGCCGUCAGCGAGCAGAUGUUAUAGCUGGUCUAUCCCUGUUUCCAGCCUGACAAUCGAGCGUAUCAUCUUCCAAAAUGUGGCAGCCUGCGUCGGAGCGAUUGCAGCAUUUACAGACCAUGCUAAAGACCAAACUCAACGUGCUGACGCUCUGGAAGGAUCCGCUGCCUACAGUGAUCUUUCAUGAGCCAGAAGCCAUCGAGCUGUGCUCCACCACACCUCAUACGAAGAACCGCACACACACAGGAUACAAGGUGACCUACCUUGGCAAGGUGACGAUUUCCGGCACUCACUUCCUGUCCGGCUGCACCGAGUCAGCUGUGGUGGGAUUAUGGGACACCAAGCGGACAUCAGUGGCCCACGAUGACUCCAUCACCUCUAGCAACGGCAUACUGGAAAUCCGUCCGUUCCAGGUACGACUGCAUCACCUGGACGGCCGGGGCGAGACCACGGUGGCCAUGGACACCUUCCAGGUGGCUCGCAUCGCGUACUGCACGGCGGAUCACAACGUCAGCCCCAACGUCUUCGCCUGGAUCUACCGGCAAAUCAACGACGAUCUGACCUUCCAGAUGGACUGCCACGCCGUGGAGUGCGAGAGUAAACUGGAGGCCAAAAAACUGGCGCACUCCAUGAUGGAAGCCUUUAAGAAAACCUUCCACAGCAUGCACAGCGACGGACGCAUCCACAAGAGCAGCUCGUCCGACGAGUUCCCCGAAGAGGCCAGCACACCCGACGACGGCUGAGGGACCCCCGGGGCUUGGGAACGGCUCUUUACGUCUUUGUGCCAUAAUAGAAUAUGCAGAAAAAUAACCACAACAAAAAGAGAACGCAAAUGGAAAUUCAAACCACAAACCAAGAAACUAGCCUGCCUUUUUUCCAUCUCGGCUGCCAGACAGUUCGUGCCCGUUUUACUAAAGCAUUCACACUCCCUCUUGAAAGCUGCUGGUUUUGAUAUGGCGCGUGUGAAUUGGCAAGAACUCGUUACACGUUCACCUGUUAUGUUACUUUCGUUUUGCUGAUCAAAACCUUUGGACCUGGGAGUUCCUGAUGUGCGUGCCGAAAUCUUUUAUGUCGUUUUUUAGAUAACGCAGAGGUGUGUUUCCUCUGCUAAGUAGAGUUUUAGAGAGAUAAAAAAGAUAUUUAUGGCGGGCAGCCAGCCUAGGGCAUUUCUUCACCUUUAUCAGGCCAUAGAAGUGUAAUUAUAGGGACCAUGCAUUGAUUUCAGUUUUUCUUUUGUUUGUUUGUUUUUUAAGAUACCAAAAGUCAGUGUGCGAUCUAGGGUUUGUUUGUGCAGCUCAUGAGCCUUUGAUUAACUAUGGAAUGGGUUCUCUACUACAAGCUCAGCGUGCUUGUGUGUCCGGUGUAAUGUAGUGCGUUUGUGUGCGUGAGGUGUUUUCCAACAAAAAAUACUAGCGCUUUUGGGUUAAAUGAGAUUUUGAAAGCAAGACAUUCCAGAUGCAUCUGUAUCUUAAAGCCAUAGUUCACCUAAAAUGAAUAUGCUUUCAUAAUUUACUCAACAUCAUGUCGUUCCAAACCUGUAUGAGCAAAAGAAGACAUUUUGAAGAGUGUUGGUAACAAACAGUAGCGGUAGCCAUCGACUUCCACAGUAUAGAAAAAAAUACUAUUCAAGUCAUUUGUUAAGUGCAGCUGUUUGGUUACCAACAUUCCCCAAAUGUUCUUCUUUUGUGUUAAACAGAAUAAAGAGACUUUGCUUUUCAUUUUUUAGUGAACUAUUAUUUCUUUAACUUCUGCACCAUGCAGAUUUAGCUCGGUUUGAAGUGGCUAAAGUGUGAGCUGUGCUUGAUACAUUGCUACGCUAUUUAUAGUAGACCUUUUUGAUCCAAAAUUUGACCGCACCUAUUGUUCACGAUCGUAAAAAGUUACUUGCGAUAGGUGUUUUGAAACAAUGCUUCUUGAAACUUUUUUUUUGUUGUUGUUUUCGAAUCACUGUAAGAAACUCACUAAAUCAUGUGAUUUCAGUAAAUGAGGUUUGCGAUGUCGAACUGUUUCGAAAAAAAAUCAGAUGCUGUGGAUCUAGUGAAACUAAUAAUAUUACUGAAUUGCUUCUAAUUGACCUAGAUUGCCUAGCACCUGCCUAAUGAAGCAAAAACAAGGACUACAAAUUAAUAAAACACAUAUUUCAAAGAUCCUUCAUAUGUAAUUAUUUGUAGAUUACCUUUAAUAGAUUACACUUUCAUGAAAAUAUUUGCUGUUGGUUUAUAAAAGGUGGUGUUAUGCAUGUUUGGGCUGAGGUUUUGUUACACUUACACCUCUUUGACCAGCAGGUGCCGCCAGGCUGUGGAGAUUUUGUGUGUUCUGAAACAGUAAAUGAUUUUAUGAAACAAAUGAUUCAGUUGAUUCCGAGCUUCAAAAAGCGUUGUUUCUCCCAUCGCGAACAGAUCUUCUUAUCUGUCCUUCGUUCACGUACAGGGUGUUGGGACGUCUUUCUGGUGGAUUUGGAGAGAACUGUGUUACUGUUUUGUGCAGGGAGAGGGAGGACCCCAAAAGCAGAGCUGCCCCAUAGAGUGCCUGUCUCUCCCCAUGCUGAAUGUAUGAAGUCUCUUGUGCUGCAAGCGCUAUAUAUGUACUGGUACUGAAAGCCUUUUUUGAUUAUUAUUAUUAUUAUUAUUUUAGAUUUUUUUUUUUUUUAAAUAUACAUUUGUAUCUGCAGGUAAUUUGGAAGCUGUAUAGUGGUUUAGAGUCACUCUUUGUACAAGAGCACAUGUGCAUGCGAGAUUUUACACGUGGCUCCACUCACCUGUGAAAACCCUGUCAUGGGAUGAUGGAUUGUGGAGCAUCGAGCAGAUGAAUAAACCGACUCUAUUUUGAAUUCCGAUUUGGAAUCGGAUUCUAAUUGGGAUUUGGAUUCUAUUGGAGUGCAUCUGGCAGUGACAUUUAUAAAUCUAAAGAAAUAUAUAUAAAAGUUAUAUAGCUACAGUAUAUUUGAAAAAAUAAUAAUUUGAUAAGCUUGUGUAAAUACAAAUGUAUCCAUUUUUUUCUUCUUCUUUUAAAUACUGCAUUAAAUGUUUGAUAUUUUGAAUAAAGUGGCAAGCACCAUUGAAGAAAUCAGUAUUACGGCCAGCUGUGAAUUUGGCUCGGGAGCGGAGGGCAGCCUUCAUUGUGAGUGAUGAAAUGUCAGAAGAGAAUGAAGAAGAGUGUCUUGUUGUUGUUGUUGCUGUUUUUUAAUUUGUAAAAUUGCAGAAGAACAUUCUCUCUACGUACAUGUCUUAAUGGCUCAGACUCGCUUUAAUGUUUUGAAAUGUUACCAUAUGUGUUUUUUAUGCUGUAAAAAGAUACAGUCAUAUAUAAACUAUUUACCAAGCUA